AUGCCGGACAAGGUCAAACUAACGUUCGCCCAUCCAUCGUGCGUUCGCCCAAUUCGAGCUGCGUCUAUUGCGGGGAAGGGUAUUGGUAGUGGCACAGUUGGAAACCUUGUACUCGUCUAUCAUUUGUUAUUCAUCGUAUCGUCUUUACUUGCACCAAAAAGGUUUGCACCAAACCUCUCAUGCCACUACAUUAUCUACAAGUUACAUUGCUUAUCGCAUAACACGGCUAAAGGUGGCUUUUAUAUUUUGUUGCAGGGUUCGUCGGGGCCACGCGGAUAUCCGGGAUUCCCGGGCCCAAUUGGUUUAGACGGACCAAAAGGAGACGCGGGGCGACCUGGUGAUAAAGGCCAAAAAGGGGAUAAUGGAAAUCCUGGUUUUGAUGUCUUUUCCACUGUUAAGCAGACAGGGCGGGGAUUAAAAAGAUCAGUAACAACAUUAAGAGGAGGUACUUUAGGAUACGCGGAGAUCGUUGCGGUGAAGGGACUACAGGAAAAUGGCCAUAAUAUUUCUGCUGAAACUAUCAUCACACUAAAAGGAGAACCAGGUGAGCCAGGUCCGCCCGGGCCAGCUGGACCUCAAGGACCAGAAGGUCUACCAGGUCACGAUGGUCGGCAAGGGAUUUCUGGUGAGCCAGGCCCCGCUGGAGAUCGCGGUGAACCGGGACCAAUUGGACCAAUAGGACCUCCAGGAAUGGAUGGGGUGAGCGGACCAAAGGGUAACAAAGGAAGUAAAGGGACGUAUGGUUUCAUGGGAGCACCAGGCUUCACUGGAUUACCCGGACAUAUGGGCUUACCUGGGAUUCCCGGUAAGAACGGCACAAAAGGCGAACCAGGUCUAAAAGGCGAUAAAGGAGACAAAGGCGAACGAGGUUUAACGACGACGUUAACUGGAGACCAAUUCCCCACUGGAAUUAUCGAAGGACCACCGGGCCCACCAGGACCAGCAGGACCUGAUGGUUUACGAGGUGAAAAAGGAGAGACUGGCCCCACGGGACCUCCAGGACCCGUCGGCGAAAAAGGAGCAAGAGGUCGCAGAGGAAAACGGGACCGAAAAGAUUUGGAUGGAGAUGUAAGUCGUGGUCCUCCAGGCUUACCUGGAGCUAAGGGAGACGCAGGUGAACCAGGCCAUAAAGGUGAUAAGGGUGACCAUGGUUUUCAAGGACCAAAAGGGGACCGAGGUGAAAGUGGUACCAUAGGCGAACCUGGCUUAAAUGGCGAGUCUGGUCUACAAGGACCUCCUGGACUACCGGGCCAGCCUGGACCGAAAGGUGAAAAAGGCGAAUAUGGUGACAUCGGCCCACCUGGUUUAAUGGGACCUCCUGGUUUACCUGGACCUCCUGGAUAUCCUGGUCAAAAGGGAGAAAAGGGCGAGAAGGGAGAAUCGAAAUAUAAGAAGUUAAGGAGAAGGCAGUUUCAGGGAGACGGGACUGGAGAGGUAACAAUUGGAGGCGAUAUGAUUAUGGGUCCACCUGGCCCACCCGGUCCCGCCGGUACCCCAGGCCUUCAAGGACCGCCUGGAAUUAAAGGCGACAAAGGCGUGGAUGGAGUCAAAGGAGAGCCAGGCGAAAAAGGAACCAAAGGUGAUCCUGGACCAAUGGGUCUUCCGGGUCCCAUGGGUUUACGAGGCGAAGCUGGCCGACCAAGUGAUUAUACCAAACCAGGGCCUCCGGGACCACCAGGACUUGACGGGAUGAAGGGAGCGCAAGGUGAGCCAGGCAGUAAAGGAGAGCGGGGUGACCCUGGCUUACCUGGUACAGAUGGAAUCCCGGGCCAAGAGGGUCCUAAAGGAGACAAAGGAUAUAAAGGGGAUGCUGGUCCGAUUGGGAAACGCGGACGCAAAGGUGACAAAGGCGACAAGGGAGAUCAAGGUGUACCAGGCUUGGAUGCUCCAUGUCCCUUAGGAACGGACGGGCUACCGUUACCGGGAUGUGGUUGGCGACCACCUAAAGAAAUCCAUACUAUAUCAACGCCUGCCAGUGAUAUUGAUACUGAAGAUCCAGUAGAUGAAGACUUUGAAGGCGAUUAUGAUGAUCAAGACGACUAUGAAGAAUAUCCAGAACAUACAAACUCUGCACUUGCUAUAUCAGCUUCAGCUAUUUAACAAUUAAUUGCCCUGCUAGCGUUUGGGAUUUUACAUUAAAUGUGUUUUAGGCAGCGGCCAAUGAAGAAGGUUUCAAAGGAGCACAGUUCCCGAAUAUGUACUUACUUUACAAGUGAGUGUAAAUAGUGUUUGUUAUGCUAAAAACAUGUUCACUCUGACAGCACACUCUACAGAUAAUCUAUCGAAUUAACUAAAGAAGAUGUAUGUUUAUAUAAUAAACUAUAGUUAAUCAGUGUUGUAAAUUUUGAGAAAAGUUAAUUAUGAUGUAGAUACUAGGUUGUUUACUGAAAUGUGCCAAAAUUUACGGAUUCUUUAAAGCGUGUAAUUAAUAAAGCACUAUUUUUCUUUAAAUCCCUCUGUAUGUCCAAAACGCCCAAUUUUGGUAAACACUUCAUGUAUUUGUACAUAAGAAACCACUUGCAUAGUGUAUCCCAUUUAAUAUAAUGAACGCAUGUUUACUGUGGAUUUGGGUAAAAUUUGCCAUAGAUUGUUAUUAAGCUCACCUGAGAAAUAUCAGUGAAUACUAUUAUGUAUUAGAGAAAUUUGGCCUAAGUAAGUUUAUAGGUAUAUCUUCCGAUUUUGAUAUGUAUUUGACCAUACCCACUCAAAUGUUGUAUAAAGUAAUUAUAAUUAUUAAUUAAAUUAUUACUGCAUAUGAAAUAAACAAACGUACUUGAUUGUUACCUACUUGUAGUAUCA